UUCAACAUCACCAUGGUCGCAGGAUCUUGCCUCAUUACCGGCGGCACGGGCUACAUUGGCUCCUUCACCGCCCUCGCCCUCCUCGAAGCCGACUACAAAGUCGUCAUCGUCGACAACCUCUACAACUCCUCCGCCGAAGUCCUCAACCGCAUCGAGCUCAUCUGCGGCAAACGCCCCGAAUACGUCCAAUGCGACAUCACCGACGAGAAAAAGCUGGACGAGGUCUUCGCCGCACACCCGGACAUUGACAAUGUCAUCCACUUCGCAGCGUUGAAAGCCGUGGGCGAGUCCGGCGAGAUCCCCCUCGACUACUACCACACCAACGUGUACGGCACGCUAUGCCUCCUCCGUUCGAUGAAGAAGCACAAUGUCACCAACAUCGUCUUCUCCUCCUCUGCCACCGUCUACGGCGACGCAACUCGCUUCCCCGACAUGAUUCCCAUCCCUGAACACUGCCCUCUGGGCCCGACGAACCCCUACGGCAGCACCAAGUUCACGGUCGAAAUGAUGAUCACAGAUUUCGUCAACGCAGAACGCUCCAACGCGAAAAAAGCAGGCACAGACGGGGAGAAGUUCAACGCUGCACUCCUCCGAUACUUCAACCCAGCGGGCAGCCACCCCAGCGGCGUGAUGGGCGAAGACCCUCAGGGCGUACCAUACAACCUUCUCCCUCUCCUCGCACAAGUCGCCGUCGGCAAGCGCGAGAAACUCCUCGUAUUCGGAGACGACUACGACUCCAAAGACGGCACCGCCAUCCGCGACUACAUCCACAUUCUCGACCUCGCCCGCGGGCACCUCGUGGCUCUCAACCACCUCCGCUCCCACCACCCCGGCGUCCGAGCCUGGAAUCUUGGAACCGGCAAAGGCAGUACCGUCUUUGAGAUGAUCAACGCCUUCUCCAGCGCUGUGGGCCGCAAGUUGCCGUACGAAGUUGUAGGCCGGAGAGCGGGAGAUGUGUUGAACCUGACGGCGAAUGCGACGAGGGCGAAUGAGGAGUUGGGAUGGAAGACGGAGUUGACACUGGAGGAUGCGUGUAAAGACUUGUGGCGGUGGACGGAAAAUAACCCGCAGGGGUAUAGACAGGAGCCGCCGAAGGAGUUUGUGGAGGCGCUGAAGAGGAAGUAG